AUGAGCCCCUGCAGACGGGCCCGGCGACACACGUCCAGAGGGGCCAUGGCAGUACUAGCGUGGAAGUUCCCGCGGACCCGGCUACCGGUGGGAGCCAGUGCCCUUUGCGUCGUGGUCCUCUGUUGGCUCUACAUCUUCCCGGUCUACCGGCUGCCCAGCGAGAAGGAGAUCGUACAAGGGGUGCUGCAACAGGGCACGGCGUGGAGAAGGAACCAGACGGCGGCGAGAGUCUUCAGGAAACAGAUGGAAGACUGCUGUGACCCCGCCCAUCUCUUUGCUAUGACUAAAAUGAAUUCCCCCAUGGGGAAGAGCAUGUGGUAUGAUGGGGAGUUUUUAUACUCAUUCACCAUUGACAAUUCAACUUAUUCUCUCUUCCCCCAGGCAACCCCAUUCCAGCUGCCCUUGAAGAAAUGCGCGGUGGUGGGAAAUGGUGGGAUUCUGAAGAAGAGUGGCUGUGGCCGUCAAAUAGAUGAAGCAAAUUUUGUCAUGCGAUGCAAUCUUCCUCCUUUGUCAAGUGAAUACACUAAAGAUGUUGGAUCCAAAAGUCAUUUAGUGACAGCUAACCCCAGCAUAAUUCGGCAAAGGUUUCAGAAUCUGCUGUGGUCCAGAAAGACAUUUGUGGACAACAUGAAGAUCUAUAACCACAGUUACAUCUACAUGCCUGCCUUUUCUAUGAAGACGGGAACAGAGCCAUCUCUCCGGGUUUAUUACACACUGUCAGAUGUUGGUGCCAAUCAAACAGUGCUCUUUGCCAACCCCAACUUUCUGCGUAGCAUUGGAAAGUUCUGGAAAAGUAGGGGAAUCCAUGCCAAGCGCCUGUCCACAGGACUCUUUCUGGUGAGUGCGGCUCUGGGUCUCUGUGAAGAGGUAGCUAUCUAUGGUUUCUGGCCCUUCUCUGUGAAUAUGCAUGAGCAGCCCAUCAGCCACCACUAUUAUGAUAACGUCUUGCCCUUCUCUGGCUUCCAUGCCAUGCCAGAGGAAUUUCUCCAGCUCUGGUAUCUUCAUAAAAUCGGUGCACUGAGAAUGCAGCUAGACCCAUGUGAAGACACUUCAGUCCAGCCCACUUCCUAGGGACCAUGGAAAAAGAAAGAACCGAGACAGGGUAUUUUUGUUAGGUUUUCUACAUGACUCCAAAAGGAAAUGGUCAAGUCAUUUCAUGGAUUCACAUGGGCCACUUGGAAAAACAAAACAAAACAAAAACAA